GAGUCAAGUGGGCUCUGGCCGCAGGCGGCGCGCGCCGGUGCGACGUCUACGUAGCCCGCUGAGCUCUUUGGCCUGUGUACCGCCGCAGGGCCGCAGCGGAGUCCUUCAGUACCCAGUCGGGCGGUUUGCUGAGAAGUUUUGCGGCCGACAUGGACAACUCUAGGAAGGAAGCGGAGGCAGUGGCCCUGCUGGCCGAGGCGGAGCGUAAAGUGAAGAACUCGCAGUCCUUCUUCUCUGGCCUAUUCGGAGGCUCAUCCAAAAUAGAGGAAGCAUGCGAAAUGUACGCCAGAGCAGCAAAUAUGUUCAAAAUGGCCAAAAACUGGAGUGCUGCUGGGAACGCUUUCUGCCAGGCUGCCCAACUGCACCUGCAGCUCCAGAGCAAGCAUGACGCAGCCACCUGCUUUGUGGACGCUGGUAAUGCCUUCAAGAAAGCUGAUCCCCAAGAGGCCAUCAACUGUUUGAUGAGAGCCAUCGAGAUCUACACAGACAUGGGCCGAUUCACGAUCGCAGCCAAGCACCACAUCUCCAUCGCCGAGAUCUACGAGACGGAGCUGGUGGACAUCGAGAAGGCCAUCGCCCACUAUGAGCAGUCUGCAGACUACUACAAAGGCGAGGAGUCCAACAGCUCAGCCAACAAGUGUCUGCUGAAGGUGGCGGGCUACGCUGCACAGCUGGAGCAGUACCAGAAAGCCAUCGACAUCUACGAGCAGGUGGGGACCACCGCCAUGGAUAGCCCCCUGCUCAAAUACAGUGCCAAGGACUACUUCUUUAAGGCGGCGCUCUGCCACUUCUGCAUUGACUCGCUCAACGCCAAGCUUGCUGUCCAGAAGUACGAGGAGCUGUUCCCGGCCUUCUCUGACUCCCGGGAGUGCAAGCUGAUGAAAAAGUUGUUGGAUGCCCACGAGGAACAGAACGUGGACAGCUACACAGAGUCGGUGAAGGAGUACGACUCCAUCUCCCGGCUGGACCAGUGGCUCACCACCAUGCUGCUGCGCAUAAAGAAGACCAUCCAGGGCGACGAGGAGGACCUGCGCUAGGCUGUCGCCCACUGUUCCUGCUGGCUGGUGCGUGCAGCAGUGGUGGACUGAGCCUGCUCAAGACCUUUCUCCUUACCCACCUGGGGACUCCCAUGGGCUACCAGGGCAGUGGUGCGGCUCAGCAGCACCUCAGGGCACCAGAGGCCCGGCCACUGGCCACUCACCUCUGCUCUCGCUACAACCCUCGCCCCUGCCUGUCUAUUUAAGCCCCUAACGUGUCCUCCACCCCAGUCAGCUGUAGCAGUUUGAUACAGACCCCUGUGUGAGCACUGCUGGGCAUCAGGGGUCAGCAUCUGUGCCCAGCGCAGGAGCAGCCAAAUCUCGUGGCUGGUGUCUACCCCCACUUUGGCCCCUGGCAGAGCUCUAAGCACAAGUAGCCACUGAGACCUCCUCUCACCACCAAGGGUGGCUUUGUCCUGCACCCUGGCCUCCUGUCUCAGGUUAGACCACGGCCCCAGCACCCAGAGGGUUUUUCCCCAGACCCACUCUGCGCUGCUCCUCCCUUGUGCUUGAGGUUUGGUCCGGGGUUCGGAAGCUCCAAAUGCCCCAAGAAGGAAAAUAAAAAUUGCCACUUUUG